AUGUCAUUAUCCGAUGGCUCUCACAUAGGUUCAAACACCGCUUACCUGGCGCUUCUUUCCAAAGAUUCUCUUGACUUAUCGCAGGAUACAUCUAACCCCAAGCCUCCGGUGCUCAUCUGGGACGGCAGCUCCGUUGUCGGAAACUUUGCCAUACAACUAGCCAAGCUCCAUGGAUACCCCGUAGCCACGACCUGCAGCCCUCGCAAUUUUGACUACGUCAAGAAUGCCGGGGAUACCUAUGCCUUUGACUAUAACGACGUCAAUGUCGUGGCAAAAAUCCAAAAAGCAGUACCGACGCUGUCACACGUAUUUGAAACCAUCGUUAACACGAGCUCCUCGGCGACCGCAGCUGCUGCUCUGGGCGGUCGCCCUGAAGUCCUCUGCACAGUCCGCCCGGGCAAAGCGAACACCGAGGGGGUUCCUAGCAACGUCAGAGUAAACGACGUCCUCGUCUUCAGGGCCUUUCCGACAGCUCACACGUACCGCAGAAUCUCCUCCAUCGCUGAGCUCUAUGAACAGCUCUCAAAUUUGCUCCAGAGCAACUCCAUCGUGCCGCCUCCCGUCAAUGUUCUGGGAGGACCAAGCCCGCAGUCCGUCAUGAACGCAAUGAUGCUGAACCGUGACGGAAAGAUAUCGGCGGAGAAGCUAUGCUUUGAGGUGUUUUCAGCAUUCGAGAAGCAGCAUGCGUAA